UUUCAGGAGGAAUAUCACUCUUGCACCUGAGGAAGCUGAAUAUGAUACAGGAGAAACUAAACGAAGUGUACACGAAGUUUUGCGAUAUGGAGGAGAAUCUUACAGGAUUUCGUUGGGCACUGCAUCGUGUGGAAAAUACAGUGGACACCAACCAGGAAUCCUUGGAAAAUUUCCAUCGUAAACUGGAACACGUGAAAGGUGCAGUGAACAACAACAAGGACUCUUUGCAAAAACUUCAUCGUAACUUGGAAGCCGUGAAAGGUGCAGUGGACAGCAACCAGGUCUCCUUGCGAAGUGCAGUGAAUAACAACCAGAACUCCUUGCAAAGGAAAUCAUUAAUCAACGUUCAGCAGAAACCAGUUUACAAAAACAUUGGAGUUUAUGAGUUCCCUUGUAGAGAAUGUGAUAAGAAAUAUUUCGAUAUCACAGGAUAA